AUGCUCGCCGGCAUGGAAGACGAGCGCCUGUUGGCUGAGGGAUCCGAUGAUGAAUACACUGGAAUCACCCCAAAUGUGCAGCUGCCAGAUCUUUUAGAACGUAAGCGAAGACGGCGAAAAGGUGCCAGUGUGAUAGCUGCGGCCGUCGUCAUCGCAUUUGCAAGCUUGUUCAUGCACAAUGCCUUCGGCCUUUCAAGCGCAUCCAUGGGAGCGCUCUCGUAUAAUUUUCACAUCGCUGUCGAAGAAGUAGCAGGCUACCACGGCGAAGUAGUCGCAGCCACUCUAUACGCUGCUCAGGCGCUUGGCAGCCGCGUAUCGCUAUUCCGUGACUUUCUUGGCGCCGAGCUAGAUGCUAUUGUUGGCGCAUACUACCGAGGCAGUAAUCUUCCGACCCGUGCGCUCAUCCCCAUGCUCGGCUAUGGUCCUUGGACAAGCCCGGUCAUUGAUCUCAGCGCCCAAAGCAUCCCAGGGCCGCCCUCGGUCAAGCAUGCCGAGCUAAGCGCUGAAAACAAUGUCACGCUUGGCGCCUACUUUUCAGCCCAUCCUAUCAAUGUAUUGCUGCUCAGCUCAUGCUCAGAAUCUAUCGCGUUUCAAGUGAUAUGCACUAUACACCAUGCUGAUCGCUUCACUUGGGGCGACAAAUUUUUCGGACUUGAGCAACGAGGCGCUCUGAAAAUUCUCACCCUUAAUAAGGCAGCUCAGACUUUUGCAUACGAUCGCUCAAUGUCAUACGCUUCUACUGCUGGCAAACACGGCGGUCUGGACUUAUCGUUCGAUUCGGUUCUCAUUCGAGCUUUCGCGCCCAUUUUCCCUGUACCGGGCUUGCCAAGUCGGCCUAUGAACGUCGGACUUGACUCGGUAGUCGUACAAGGUGGACUUAGUCAAGCGAAACGUGACUAUGCGGGCAUAUUCAGUGACAUACAAGGCUUUCUUCAAGAGGAUGCGUCUCGCUGGGGCUAUCGCUACGAUACUGCCACGGGGAUGUACGAAGAAGAUGCCACAGUGACGCAGCCAUUCAAAAUACAUCUUAUCGGUAGUGGCCGUCUCGCAGUGCCGAGCAACAUAAGUAAGAUAGCGAUCGUUCAGUCUGGCCUAAAUUACAUCGCCUUCUAUCGCCUCAUCAAUUCUGCGCAAUUGCUUCUACCGGCUUUCAAUCUCGAAGGCUACAUGACUACGAUGGCAUCAAGUUCUAUCGCUGCCGGCGUGCUAGCGAUGACACCCGUGCUGGCAGACAAUCGUAUCAUGCGCGCCUAUUCUUACCUCAAUGAGCGCAACACAGUCAUAAAGCCCUUCGACAUGUCUGACAUGCAAGCGGUCAAACGACUCAAGUUUGGCGAAAGUCUGGUGGAAGGACGUCCAAAUGCGAAGCUCGGGCAAUGGCGAGAAGACUACUGGCAGUUAGAUGUGCCUUCAGCUUGGGCGGAUCGGAACCAUGCGGGCUAUGCGCGAACGCAAGCUGACAUUGACGCUGCCACACGCGAUAUUCAUCGCCAAAACCGCAAACACCUGACAUACACAAUCUUUAAUUGA